AGAAGAAAAGGACCUGAAAUUUGGGAAGGGUUUCGAGAUGGCCUCGUUUGCUGGAGCGAUGACGUCGUCGCUGUCGCCGACGUCGGGGUCAGCGACGGUGAGGGUGGAGAAGGCUACAAGCGAUCUUUUGAUCGGGCCCGAUUGGACUUUGAACAUGGAUAUCUGCGAUUCUAUUAAUUCUGAUCACUGGCAAGCAAAGGAUGUGGUCAAAGCUGUGAAGAAGCGACUACAGCAUAAAAAUCCAAAGGUUCAAUUUCUUGCCUUAACGCUAUUGGAGACAAUGAUCAAGAAUUGUGGUGAUUUUGUGCAUCUUCAAGUUGUUGAACGUGAUAUCCUACAAGAGAUGAUUAGAAUUGUCAAGAAAAAGACAGAUAUGGAAGUGAGAGAUAAAAUUUUGGUUCUGCUGGAUUCCUGGCAAGAAGCUUUUGGAGGACCUGGAGGAAAAUACCCACAAUAUUACUGGGCAUAUGCUGAGCUAAAGAGAUCUGGUGUUGCUUUUCCUCCACGCUCUGCUGACUCUGCUCUAAUAUUUACACCCCCUGGCGGACAUCCAAUAUCAAUCCCUGGACAUCCUCAAGCAAAUUAUGGAAUGCCCAACAAUUCUUCAGUAAGGCUUGAUGAAGCAAUGGCGUCAGAGAUGGCAAAUUUGAGUUUGUCAGACUUGGAUAGCAUCCGGAGUGUUAUGGCAUUGUUAAGUGAGAUGCUACGUGCUGUGGACCCAAAUGAUCGUGGGGCUGUGAAAGAUGAAGUGAUCACUGACCUGGUCUCCCAAUGCCGCUCCAACCAAAAGAAGCUCAUGAAAUUGGUGAAUUCUACUGGAGAUGAGGAGCUUCUAGGACAAGGUCUUACAUUGAAUGAUAGCCUACAAGCUGUGCUUGCAAAACACGAUGCCAUUGCCUCUGGUUCUCCCCUUCCAUCUGAAGCAUCAGGACAUCUUUCUGGGCCUAGCACACCUGCUGCUCCUGUCCCUGCCCCCGCCCCCUCCCCCACCAAUGCAGUAGCAAACCAGUAUGAAGACGAGGAUGAAGACGAUGAUGAAUUUGCUCAAUUAGCUCGCAGGAACUCAAAAUUUAAAGCAGCAACUUCUGAGAACGAGCAUUCUGAAGCUGCCGAACAGCAGGGUUCAAAAAACAUCAGUGAGGGAUCAAUCAUCACCACAAUGUCAGCCACUACAGAAGCAUCAUCCUCGGUGGCAAGCAAUGAACUAGCCUUAUCCUUGCCUGAUCCUCCUGCUCCUGUUAGGACAACGAAAGAGCAAGACAUGAUAGAUCUUCUGAGUAUCACGUUGUCGACAAAUCCUUCCCCGCCUCACACUCCUUUGACCCCUCCUAUUACUUCUAAUCAGAGCGGAUCUCCAUUAUCAGCUUCCCCCACUGGACAAAGUUACCCUUACAAUGCUCAGGCCUUCACCGGUAAUCUGCCUUACAACAGCUAUGCUGUGCCGUGGGCUCAAUCUGCACCAACUUAUCCUCAGGCUCAAUACUCAUCAAGUUACCCACCACCACCAUGGGCUAAUUCAAGCCCCAACCCUUUCACAUCAACUGGCUACCAAGUUCCCACGGCUCCAGCAAAUACUGCAGCAACCCCUUAUAUAAUGCCAAGACAGGACGCAAGUUCCUUUGGUUCAAGAAUUGGCAACGCACCAGCUACAGCUGACAAAAUUUCGCAUGCGAAUGCCAACCCAAGGCAGGCUGCAUCAAGCAGUUCUAAACCCUACGUGCCUUCAUACAGACUAUUUGAAGAUCUGAUCGAAUUGAGAAAUGCAGAUGGUAGUCUUAAGGUGAGUGGCGCUUCAGCCAAUAUGUCAAGCACAACCAACCAAAGUAUGAUCGGCAGACGGAAAUAAGACUGGUUUUCAUGAAAUUAUUGGAUUACUAUCUGCCGGGUGAGUGGAGCUCCCCGCAAACUAAUUCAUAUAUGUGGAAGUGCUUAUAUUUAUACUACAGCUUCUGCAGGCAUAAGUAAUGAAACACAAAACACAUCUGUAAGUUUGUAUUACAAGAUUGAGGUGUGUGGCCUCGGUGAUGUCGUAACUUGUUGAUUGCCAUCAUACUGUAAGCAAUCAUUCAAGACAUGUUUGUCACCUGUGUUCAGGGGGAAUGAAUUGUCUGCCUUAUUUAUAGAUUCAUAAUAACGUUAUAUAAAGACAUGAGACCAUUGUUAGAUCAAAAA